AUGACUCUCGACGUCCUGCACUUUCUUGAUAACAAGGGCGGAAAUGCAGAGGAGAUCCGCGAGUCGCAGCGAAAACGCGGUCUCCCUGUCGAGAUCGUGGACGAAGUCAUCCAGAUGUAUGCCGACUGGGUGAAGAUGGACUUUGACGCCAACGGGCUCAGUAAGCAAGUGAAUGCGAUACAAAAGGAGAUCGCGGCAAAGAAGAAAGCGAAGGAAAAUGCAGAUGAGCUCGUCGCGCAAAAGAAAGACAUAGAUGCUCAGGUCAUCGCCAAACGCCUAGAGGCUAAGGAGUUCGAGCAAAAGAUGCGGCAGAAGGCAUCGACUGUUGGGAACAUCGUUGGAAAGGACGUGCCAGUCAGUAUCACGGAGGACGACAAUCAGACUCUGCGCACAUGGCACCCGAAGGGAGAGGGUGUGCAGGUAGAGAAGAGGACUGAUAUCAUGCCCCAUCAUGAAGUCUUACUCAGACUCGAUGCGAUGGACCUCGAGCGAGGAGCGAAAAUUAGCGGACACCGCGGUUACUUCCUCACGAAUGACGGCAUCGACCUCAACCAAGCACUCAUUUCAUACGGUCUCGACUUUCUGCGCAAGCGCGGCUACAAGAAGAUCCAGCCACCCUUCAUGAUGAACAAGGAUGUCAUGGCCAAGACGGCGCAGCUUGACCAGUUUGACGAGGAGCUGUACAAGGUGAUCGCCGCCGACGACGAGAAAUACCUCAUCGCGACCUCCGAGCAGCCCAUCUCCGCGUUCCACUCUGACGAGUGGUUCGACUCGCCCGAGACGCAGCUCCCGAUCAAGUACGCCGGCUACUCGACGUGCUUCCGCAAAGAGGCCGGCUCUGCAGGGCGCGACAUGUGGGGCAUCUUCCGCGUGCACCAGUUCGAGAAGAUCGAGCAGUUCUGCCUGACCGAGCCCGAGAAGAGCUGGGAGACGUUCGACGCGAUGGUCGCCACGUCCGAGGCGUUCUACCAGAGCCUCGGUAUCCCGUACCGUGUCGUCGCGAUCGUCUCCGGCGCGCUCAACCUGGCCGCGGCGCAGAAGUACGACCUCGAGGCGUGGUUCCCGUUCCAGGGCGCGCACAAGGAGCUCGUGUCCUGCUCAAACUGCACAGACUACCAGAGUCGGAGAUUGGAGGUGCGGUGCGGUCUGAAGGCCAAAGAUCAGGCGCGCAAAAUCUACGUCCACAUGCUGAACGGCACGCUCUGUGCGACCGAGCGUGCACUCUGCUGCAUCGUGGAGAACUACCAGACACCAGACGGUUUGGUCAUCCCCGAGGUGCUCCGCCCAUAUAUGCAGGGUCGCGACUUCCUGCCGUGGGUCAAGGAGCUACCGAAGACCUUGCAGCGGAAACAAGUUUGAUGCAUUUAGAUGACAAUGUUACGAGAUGCGAGGGAGAAGAGAAUCUGAUUUUCUGUACAACUGUCGUAUUACCAGAAGACAUCUUCGCUAUUAACGCACAAC